AAGAGGCGAUGCGGCAAAAUGUCAUAUUUCACUCGCAGCCCCAGGAGGACGCCCCCUCCGCCCCUCCGCCCCCCGCUGUGCUCCGACGUGCUGCGCCUCUACUGUAUCUACUGCAGCUUUAUUUCCUGGGGCUUCACUUCGUUUCUUCUUCCUUCGCGCGUCGCUCGGCGUCAGGAGGUCGCUUUUCUUUUUCUUUGCGCAUCUGUUAGAGAAAGUCGUGGCUGAGGACACGCGAACCAGGAUGAGCGAGUUUUCCAUCUUUCCACUUUGCGCAGCUGAGGAGAGCGAAGUGCAGUAAAAGCGAAUCCAGGGUGUUUCGCGGACUUUUCUUCUCCCCUUCGUCCAGACAUCGCUGCUGCGUGGUUCCAAAGGCUCCUGGAUGCAGCUUCUCUUGACUUUACUACCGGGCGAAGGCUUCAGCUCCACGUCUCGUCUUCGCUCCCGUCUCUUGGUUCAGCGGCAGCGCGUCGCGGCUGUGCGUAAAAGCUGCGCCUGUGCCUCCGUCUUCGAGGGGAACGCUCCCCGUUCGGGCUGAAAGCGGACUCUCCUGGGCUCUAAGUUCACCUCCGGUCCGACCCCCUCCGAACCCCCCGCGGAGCGUCAUGGACGUGGUUAAGAGCCGCUUGUUGGGCAUCUCCGUGGCCGUGGCGCACGGCGUUUUCUCCGGGUCGCUCAACAUCCUGCUGAAGUUCCUCAUUACGAAUUAUCACUUCGGCUUCUUGACGCUGAUCCAGUUCAUGACCAGCAGCACCGCGGCGCUCACGCUGGAGGUCCUCCGGCGCCUGGGGAAGGUCGACAUCCCCCCGUUCAGCGUUCAGCUCUCCAAGGAGUUCGCCUCGGUGUGCAUCCUGUCCACGCUGCAGUCCACCCUCACCCUGUGGUCCCUGCGUGGCCUCAGCCUGCCCAUGUACGUGGUGUUCAAGCGCUGCCUGCCGCUCUUCACGCUCAGCAUCGGCGUGUGCGUGCUGAGGAACGGGCUGCCGUCCGUGGGCGUGGUGGUCGCCGUGCUCAUCACCACCGGCGGCGCGGCUCUGGCAGGCGCAGGCGACCUCACCGGCGACCCCUUCGGCUACGUCACCGGCGUGCUGGCGGUCAUCAUCCACGCGUCCUACCUGGUCCUGAUCCAGAAGACCAGCCUGGACAGCGAGUACGGCCCCCUCACCGCCCAGUACGCCAUCGCCAUCAUGGCCUCGCCGGUGCUGCUGGUUUGCUCCGUCAUCUCCAUGGACGCUGUCAACAUGUGGUCGUACGACGGCUGGAGGGACCCCCACAUCAGCGUCAUCUUCACCUUCUGCAUCUUCAUCGGCUGCGCCAUGAACUUCACCACGCUGCACUGCACCUACAUCAACUCGGCCGUCACCACCAGCUUCGUGGGCGUGGUCAAGAGCAUCGCCACCAUCACGGUGGGCAUGCUGGCCUUCAGCGACGUGGCGCCCACGCAGCUCUUCAUCGGCGGCGUGGUGGUGAACACCGUGGGCUCCAUCACCUACUGCGUGGUCAAAUACUUCGAGACCAAGAAGAAGAGCUCGUACGAGGACCUGGAGGAGUCGGGGAAGGACGGCUCGCUGCCUGGGGAGCCGUACCGCCAGAACCCGGCGCCGGGCGGAGACGGACCCGCUGCCGGCACUGGACCCGGCACCGGACCCGGCACCGUACCCGACCCGCGCGGCGCAGAGGGAGCGCCGGGCGCCGGGAGUCCGGACCCGGAGGCCUCGGCCAACGAGCAGCCGUGGAGCGGAGGCCCCGGAGACGCGGAUGCAGCCGUGGACUCGCGGGUGAUGACGGAACAAGAGCUGCUGGAGAUGCAGAGGGAGCAUCUCCACAGGGAGAACGCCGCCUCUGCCGCCUCGGUGACUGACAGCUACGUGGGCGUGUGGCGCUCCGUCAGACACCUGCAGUUCAUGAAGAAAGAGCCUCUGAUCGAGAACAUGGAGCAGCAGAGUCCGUGAGGCCAGAAGCAGCCGCAGCAGCGCAGCCUCUGUUCACCAGUAGCCGUGAAGCCUUGAGUUGGGAGCAGGAGGUUCUGUGAGGCUCCUGGUGGAAGGAGGCGGAGAACGGACCCAGAGAAGCUGCUUCCCCCAGCGCUGAGACCGCGGCUGAGCCUCGGCGCAGCAUGAUCGGUUCAGCCGAGCGACACCGGAGCCACGAAGCAGCAGAACGUCUCACUUUUCAAAUCUGGAUCAUUAUUCAUUUCUGUUGUGAAAUUAAACCUUUCAAUGCAAA